AUUAUGGACUAUAGAAGGCAAUCAGGGAUUGUUCUAUCCAACUCUCAGUCUUUUGAGAAGUCUAAGCAAAAAGAUAAAAUAAAAGAAUUUAAAAAAAUACUAGGCAUAACCUCACAAAACAAAACCAAUAAUCUAGAAGUAGAAACAGCUCUGCCAUAUGGAUUGGCCGUAGAAGAUAGAUUAGAGGAGGACAAUAUUAGAGAAGGAGUAAUGUAUUACAAUAAAAUACUUCCAAAGAAUUUUCUUGGACCUUUCAAUGGUGGAGUAAAAGAUAGAUUGCCAACUAAGUUGAUCAAUCUUCUUGAAAUUAAUGAAAGUGAGUUGGAAGAAAUAGAGGCAAGUAAAACCGAAGAUUUGAUAGAAGGAGGUAUUGAUAUAGAGGAUUAUGCUAUUUUGUCUUAUUCCUGA